AUGAAGAGGUCAAGGAUAUCAAGAUGCACCGGGCAACUGCUCAACGCCCCGGCCAGGACGCACGCCUCGUCGUGCCUGACACCCAUUUCCUUUAGACCACAGCAGCUCGCCCGGCACAGCAACCCGGUGCGGACACGAUCGAUCUUCUCCUCAUCCAAAUUGGCGGCGCAGUCAGCAGCAGCACCACACCUCGCCUCCGAGUCUCUCGACGCCUCGACGACGACGACACCCGCCUCGAAACCCCUCCCGUCACCUCUCCCCGAGAAGGCCCUCAGCUCCGCCAAGCUCGCCGCCCUCCACGCCCGCCUCUCCCUCCCCGAGAAGCUGCCCCUCCAGACCCUCGCGCGUGCCCUCGUCGACCCCUCCGCCGACCCGAGCCCCAACUUCAACAAUGCCAACCUCGCCGUCGUCGGUGGCUCCCUCAUCAGUUACCACGUCUCCGAGUGGCUCAUCGCCCACUACCCGCGCCUGCCCAUGGCCAUCCUCUACGAGGCCAUGCGCGCCUACGCCGGCUCCGACUCGCUCUACCGCGUCGCGAGCCAGUGGGGUGUCGAGAGCGCGGCCGCCCCCGGCGAGGAGGUCGACCCGGGCUUGCUGCAGUGGUCUCAGGACCCGACCGCCGGCGUCGUCCACGGCCGCUGGGGAUACGUCCGCAAGGAGCACCGCCACCUCGACAAGUUCAAGUGGCGCCGCUCCGUCUCGUCCCGCGUCGUCCUCGACGACGAGUUCGGUGACGUCUUGCACACCCCGGAGGCGAACCCGCUCGAGCCCGCCGCCGACCCGCUCGACCCGGCCGUUGUGCGGGAGCAGUACAUGAAGCUCCGCAACAACGCGCACGCCGCCUUCGUCCGCGCCGUCGCGGGCGCCGUCUACGCGCACGCCGGCCGCGACGCCGUGCGCUCCUUCAUCGACGCCCACGUCCUCAGCCGCAAGGUCGACCUCGAGAAGCUCUUCAGCUUCAAGCUGCCCACCCGCGAGCUGGCCAUGCUAUGCGCCCGCGAGGGCUUCGAAGCCCCCGUCGCCCGCCUCGAAAGCGAGACGGGCCGCAUGAGCAGGACCCCCGUCUACGUCGUCGGCAUCUACAGCGGCCGCGACAAGCUCGGCGAGGGCACGGGUGCCAGCCUCGACUUUGCGCGCCUGCAGGCCUCCAUGAACGCCCUCAAGGCGUGGUACCUCUACAGCCCCGGCGCCAAGGUGCGGGUGCCGAGCGAUAUGCUCGUCGAGGGCGCCAAGCCGUGGCAACCUGUGCACAUUGACAUGGGCGAGAUCAUCUAA